UGCGCCUGCGCAGUUUGUUGAAUGCAUGUUAUUGUCGAUGCCAACUGUCUGUGGCUUUGGUUUGCGAAUUAACUCUUAAAUCGGUGAUAUUGAACUCCUUUCUACGAACCAAAUAUACGUUAACUACUGGGAAACUUUUGGAGAUCAUCCUUUUUCAGGAGACUGUUUUUGUUUGGCUUUUCUUUUUUUUUAACUCCGGUCUACUCUGAACCAUGUUUCAGGACACGGUGAAGAACUUCAAAAUCAAUUUCAACGCUUUAAAUCAAAGGAAUACGUUCUCCAGUGGCGAUGUGAUUACAGGACACAUCUCAUUUGACCUCACAAAGGAAAUGAAGAUCAGUUCUAUCACGAUGACACUGACAGGAAAGGCAAAUGUGCACUGGUCUACCGGAGGUGGAAAAAAGCGAAGACGGAGAAACUAUUCCGCAAAACUGGACUUCUUUGACCUAAAAAGUGUCAUCGUGCAACAAAACAGUGCUACUGCCGGUAGGCCUGCAAAAUUCAAGGCUGGCACGCAUGUAUACCCGUUUACAUGCCAGUUCCCGCAAGGGAAUUUCCCAUCCAGCUUCCAUGGGGUUUGUGGACACAUAGCGUACAACUUGACAGUGGCCCUCCACAGACCCUGGCAUAUGUCCAAAGACUUUGUGACAGAGUGUAAUUUUGUAAACCGGAUUAAUACCAACCAGCCAGAGCUGCAUGCUCCUCUCUCGGGCUCCAACAGCAUGACGGUGUGCUGCCUUUGGUGUACCUCUGGUCCUAUCGAGAUGACAGCCAGUAUAGAGAAGAAGGGCUUCAUGCCUGGUGAAACUGUGAAGAUCAUUUGCGAGUUUGUUAAUGGUUCAUCUCGAACAGCCACUCCAAAGGUGUCACUGCAACAGAAACAGAUUUUCUACACCCACAACAAGAACCACAGGAGGAUGCAUGUCAAGAAAUUGACGUCCUCGACUGGACAACUCGUCAGUGAACGCAUCUCUGACCGUCGCACUGUGAUUAAGCUCACUAUUCCCUCUUCUGCAUCCCUCACCAUCUCUAACUGCAGCAUCAUUGAUGUUGAAUACUUGAUUGAGGUUAGUAACGAUGACAGAUAUAUAGGUUGUUAGUAGAAAUGUGUUUUUAUGAAUCAUUCAUCACACAUCUAAACCUGGAGUUAUUACUGGGUGGCACUUUCGGCAACAGUUCUAAAUUGGUUUGAAUCCUAC